CCUGUCGUGAUAAUGAUGGCAUAAGAGCUUCACAGGACCAUACUAAGAGACCUAUAGCUACUUCACAGCUUUCACAGCAUACAUCAGAGGCUUUGGUUGACUACAUGGACAGUGAAGAUGAGGUUUUCCCUUCAAAGGCUAUGAUGUCUAAGAAAAAGAUGAGGCCUGCAAUUCAUGAUGACUCGGAUGAUCUUUUUAACUCUGAAAAUUCCAGUGCAAGCAGUGAAGAUGAAAAUACAGACAUCACCGAAAAACAUCAUAGACCUUGUGUCAGGGCAAGAAGAAAGAUUACCAAGCAGUCAGAUGUUGUUUCAAGUGAAGAUGAGUUAUCUGAUGUCAGUGUCAGUGAGGAAGAGUACAUUCCUGACACAUCCGGAGAGACUUCAGAUAGCAUAAGUAGCAUAAGUCUAAGUGGUUCACCAAAACAUAAAAGAAAGUUCCAGACUGUAAUCCAGUGCAGUUCAGUUGACAAGAAAGGCAAACACUGUGAUCCUCAGAGUAGUGGUGACCUAGGGAGUUUACAAAACCAAGAUGCAUCCUCACCUCCUGACAGAAAAAGAUCAGUUCUUAUUCCAGCUAUUAUUAAAAAGAGGGAUGGAGCAAGAAUGUAUAACAAGAAGCAACACUGCUUGUUUUGUGGCAGUGAUUUUACAAAAAUUUCUAGACACCUGGAACGCAAGCACAGCAACGAGGUAGAAGUAGCAAGGGCACUAAGUCAUCAAAAGGGCUCCAGAGAAAGGCGAAUGCAGCUCGAGUUUUUACGUAACAAAGGUAACUUUGCUCACAAUGCUACUGUUAUUAAUGCAGGAGAAGGAGAGAUGAUUCCACGAAAACUGCCGAAAAAAAACCUGGAUGGGGAACGUUUUAUGCACUGUAUAUACUGCCAAGGGCUCUUCUUAAAGAAGACUUUGUGGAGACAUUUGAAGAUUUGCAAAUUCAAGCGUUCCGAUGUGAAGCCUAAACCUGGAAGAACUCGUGUGCAGACUCUUUGUGGCUUUGCACAGCCUCCACCCCCAGGCGUAACUCAUGGUGUUUGGAAGCUGUUAAAUGCUAUGAACCAAGAUGAAGUGGCCCUGGCAGCUAGAAAUGACUGGUCCAUUUUAGAGCUGGGGAAACAUCUUUAUAACAAGUGUGGCUCAAGAAUUAAAAUGCAUGAAUACAUUCGUCAAAAAAUGAGAGAGCUUGGAAGACUUCUGAUAUGUGCAAGAAAGGUUUCACCCCUUACAUCUAUUAAAGAGCUCACCAACCCCGAGAACUUUCUGCAUACUGUUGAUGCAGUUAAAGAAACAGCUGGAUAUAAUGAGAAGACAGGUCUCUAUGAAAACCCCAGUAUUGCAGUAAAACUUGGACAAAGUCUUAACAAAAUUGCAAUGCUUAUUGAAAGUCAGUCUAUCAUUUCUGGAGACAAAGCAACAGCAAAAGCUGCGAACAGCUUCCAACAGUUGUAUCAAUCCAGAUGGUCUGAGUACAUUUCUGCUUCAGCCAGGCGAACACUGGAGGAAGCCAAAUGGAACAAACCAACAUUACUCCCAUUCACCGAAGAUGUUAAACUUCUCCAUUUGUAUCUAGAUGAGCAAGAGAAAAUUUACUACAAACUCUUGUCAGCACAGCCUUUGUCUCACCACUGGUCAAAGUUGGCCAAGGUUACAUUAACUCAAGUUAUGCUUUUUAAUCGAAGACGAGAGGGGGAAGUUUCACAAAUGCCUUUGUCUGCCUACACCUCCAGCAUCCAAUCAGAUGCCCAUCCAGAUAUUAGCAUGGCCCUCUCAGAGUUGGAAAAUAAACUGUGUCAGUACUUCAAGCGAAUAGAGAUCAGAGGCAAAAGAGGAAGAAAGGUUCCAGUACUUGUCACUCCUUCAAUGCAAGAGUCAAUUAACCUGCUGAUUAAAAACCGGGAUAGGUGUGGAGUACCGAAUGAGAACUCUUUCCUCUUUGCACGUCCUUUUGCAAUGACCUAUUACAGAGGCUCUGAUUGUAUUCGUGAAUUUGCACGCAAAUGCAAUAUUGAAAAACCUGAAACUCUCACUACCACAAAGUUGAGGAAACAGAUUGGUACCCUCUCUGAAGUUCUUAAUCUGAGCAACACAGAACUGGAUCUGCUGGCUGACUUUCUUGGCCACGAUAUUCGUGUACAUCGUCAGUUUUACAGGUUACCUGAGGGCACUCUCCAGUUGGCCAAAAUGAGCAAAAUUUUUCUGGCUCUUGAAAAAGGACGCUUGGCUGAUUUUAAAGGGAAAAGUCUUGAUGAAAUCAACAUAGAUCCUGAAGAGAAAGUUACAGUGGACAGCGAUUUAGAGGAUACUCAAUUAAAAGAGUGCACUCAGGUAUCAGCACCACACACUGCAUUUGAAGAUUGUAAUGACUCCUUGCUUCAAGGAGACAGAGGGCUCAAAAACAAAGGUGAGGUUAAGAGGACACCCUGGAACCAGCAGGAAGUUCAUGCUGUGGAAAAGCAUUUGAUGAAAUUUAUUAAGAACCGGAAUGUUCCAAGAAAGACGGACUGUGUAAGGUGCAUAGAGGCUGAACCACAGGCUCUUAAAAACAGAGAGUGGUCAGCUCUGAAGUUUUACAUCAAAAACCGCAUCUCUGCUCUGCAAAGAAAAGAUUUAGCGCAUAAAUUUAGCUGA